GCGACCUUGUUGCUCAACAAUCUAAGCGCAGCAGACAAACGGCAGCGGAGAAACCGAACCGGAUCAGUGCUUCACUAGUGAAAUCGCUGAUUGAUCAUUUAUUGGAUAAAUCAUUGCGUGAAAAUGAUGGAAAAUAAAAAGUUUGUCGUCUUGUGUACAGUUUCUUUGACGUUUUUGUUGAGUAUAGCUUCGGUUUCAGCCUUCGUUGAAGAGCUCGAUGACACGUUUAAAGACACACGAAUGCCUGAUGAGAUAUGGCUUAUACAAUUCUACGCACCCUGGUGUACCUUUUGCAAGCAGCUGGACCCAGUGUGGUAUGAAAUCGGGGCUGAGCUGAAAAGUAUGGGGUCUCCAGUCAACGUGGGCAAGGUGGACGCCACAGCCCACACCAAUUUGGCAAAAGAGUUUCGAGUUGGAGGCUAUCCCGCUAUAAAGUUGUUGAAGGAUGACUUGAAAUACAACUACAGAGGUCCUAGAACCAAGGAUGGCAUAAUGGAGUUUGCAGACAGAGUAUCUGGUCCCUUAUACACUCUCUCUCCAUCUCUCUCCCCAUCCCUCCUUUGUUUUAGACCUGUGGUGAGAGCACUGCCAAGUCAGCAGUUAUUUCAGAAUGUUAUGAGUAGACAUGAUGUUCUCUUUGUAUACGUUGGUGGACCGUCCGACUUGAAGGAGAAGUACAUAUCUGUGGCCAAGGAACUGAUUGUGCAUACUUACUUCUUCUCUGCUGCAAGGAACAUUUUACCCAAGGCAGUUACUCUCCAGGAAUACCCGGCUGUGGCAGUGUUCAAGGAUGGAACUUACUUCCUUUAUGAUGAACAACAUGAUGGGGACCUCGCAUCCUGGAUCAAUAGUGAACGAUUCCUUAAUUACCUCCAGAUUGACAGCUACACUUUGUAUGAAAUGGGAGAUACAAGCAAACUGGUGGCUCUGGCUAUAGUGGAUGAGAGAAACCCCACUGAGGAGAGCAUCCGUUACAAGACCAUGGUGGAAAGAGUGGCGACUGAAUACAAGGACCUCUAUAGCAAAGAAUUCCAGUUUGGUCACAUGGACGGAAACGAGUACAUCAAUGGCCUCAUCAUGGAAGAACUGGCCAUGCCCUCUAUUAUCGUGCUCAACGUGUCUAACGAUGGAUAUUUCCUACCGCCCAACAAAGUGGAGACAAAGGAACAGCUGGUGAAGUUCAUCGAUGGAGUGUCGAAGGGCCGGAUUAAAUCCCAGGGAGGGAAUGGAUACUAUCAAUGCUUUAUAAGGAUUGCGUUCAACACCAAAACGACUGUUACAAAUAUAUUUACCAAUGCGCCCCUUUUGGGCGCCUUCCUCGUCGUUGUUUUCUGCGGCGGCGGAAGUGCCUUGUGUUACGGCCUAUGCAUGGCCUGGCGCUCAAUGAGAAACACAGAGGACGAGGAACCAAUAACCGGGGAGAGGGUGGAGCCAAAGCAGCUCAAAGGUCCUGAGGAAGACAAGAAGACUGAGAUGAAAGCGAAGAAUCCGGCAGAGAAGAAGGCCGAUUAAGUAUGAAGUGGUAUGAAGUAUGAUGUUUUUUUUUUUAUAGAAAUGCCCUCGUGGCCAUGUCACCCUCAUAAAAUACGUAUGUAUUCUGACCUCAAUAGGACUUCCUGGAUAAAUGAAGGUUAAAUAGAAAAUAAACUAUAUAAGAAAAUGGGAUAGGUUUAAAUAAGCAAUAUGGUAAUAACUUUAAUUGCCUUCCUAUAGACUGGGUGGUGUUUUCGCCAUAUUGCUUCAACGUACCCUAGGGAGGAGGUACUUGGGGUCAAUUGGCGAUUCAGGGUGAGUAGUUAUCCUGAGUAUGUUCAGCGAUACUUGAAUUUCUACGUCAUGAAUCAUUUUCUAAGAAAUUAUUGGGGUUUUGUUGCAUCACUCCAAACUCUUUUAUUUGAUUUGGACUUUUUUAUCAUAUAUAUUUUUAUUUGUGGUCCUUCUGUAGCUCAGUUGGUAGAGCAUGGCCCUUGUAACGCCAGGGUAGUGGGUUCGAUUCCCGGGACCACCCAUACGUAGAAUGUAUGCACACAUGACUGUAAGUCGCUUUGGAUAAAAGCGUCUGCUAAAUGGCAUAUAUUAUUAUUAUUAUUAUUAUUUGAAACAUUCAUUAAUGAAUUAAUGUCAAUUCAAUGUUGUUGAAGACAUAUAUAUAUAAACCGGAAAUGUCUUCACAGUGGGUUACAGAAGACGAUUACAGUGAACAUUUUCUAUUUUAUCCCAUUUUCUUAUAUCUACAAGAGGGGUGAAGGGGUAGGGGUUUAUUUUAGUUUAUUUUUUAUUUAACCUUUAUUUAUCCAGGAAGUCCUAUUGAGGUCAGAAUACAUUUUGUUCCACUGUGGUGUUAGUUUUUUUAGCACCAUCAAUAAACCCAGCAAACAAUUCUAGGUAGAGAACAUUUUUGUAAUGUUACCUGUAAUGUUCUCCUGAUUGUAUCCAGUUCUGUGCCCACUUUUCUGUUAGUUAGGGGAACAUUCUAUGUAUGCUAGCAAAAGUUCCUGAGAACCUAUUUAGUUUUGGCGUUACAGAUUAAAUGCGAUGCCAUGUUCUCAGAAAAUCCUAUAUUAAAGAACAAUUUCACCACUUUUCAACUUAAUUUUAAUUAUCUAGCACGAUACCAGCGACUACAUAUGUGAACAAGGAGCAUUUCUAAAUUUUGUAGAAAGAAAUAUAAAGUCAACAAGUUCUACACGAUAAUAUCAUCAAAACAGUGAUUUUCAAACACUAUGAAAUUCGCAGUGAUGUGGGGAGCAAGAAAAUAUUGUCUAGAAACUCGUUGCAAGUUAACCACUUUUAAUUUUUUAAGCGUUUUUUUAACGUCCUUUUCUUUUUAACCACAGAUCAUAGAAAUGUGCAGUUUUCGUAUUACGUAGACACUGGUAUGGUGCUGGACAUAAUGAAUAUGAGGUUGAAAGUGGUGGAAUUGCCCUUUAAUGUUCUAGACACAUUUCAUUGGAACUUUCCCAAGUCCAGUUUUCUGAGGGCUAGGAGAAUAUUCCAUCAAGUCCCACCAAACAUACACAGAACAUGGUUGCCAUGACUGUUCUCAGAAUAUAGAUAUUAAUCCAGGCCACCAAAGCUUUUAAUUGAGUGGCCCAAAGGUACUUUUUUUAAUUGGGUAAACCCAGGCCACCAAAGCUUUUAAUUGGGUAAACCCAGGCCACCAAAGCUUUUAAUUGGGUAAACCCAGGCCACCAAAGCUUUUAAUUGGGUAAACCCAGGCCACCAAAGCUUUUAAUUGGGUAAACCCAGGCCACCAAAGCUUUUAAUUGGGUAAACCCAGGCCACCAAAGCUUUUAAUUGGGUAAACCCAGGCCACCAAAGCUUUUAAUUGGGUAAACCCAGGCCACCUUUGUCUUUGGGUUUAAAAAAGAAAAGCACUGAGUCUCGCUCUAGGUCUCUUGUUUUGCCAUAUGAAUUUGGAAAUAAGCUUAUGAAACAGCUUGAAGGUAGACACAGGGACUAGAAUGGGUAAUGCAUGAGCAACAUAUUCAUUCUUACCAUUUCCACCCUACCAAUUAAAGAAAGUGGCAGAUCUUCCCAAGUCUGUCUUAAUCUGUGAGAUCAGUUUAGUAUCGUUUCCUGAGUAAAGCUGUGAUGCGCAGGGUGUUAAAAAUAAUACGCAAAUAUCUAAACCCUUGUCUAGACCAAUGAAAGGACACAUCUUUAUUCAACUGAGAGGGCCAAUUUCCCGAAAUCAUCAUAGCUUCUGACUUUGCUUCACUGACUUUAUACCUAGGCUGUUCUUCAAAGCACCUCAAACCGUGUAACAGUUUAGGGAUAGGGGAUAAAGGGAUUUUUUUAAAUACAGCAAAAUAUCAUAUGCAAAGAGGGAUAUCUUGUGUGUCACACCUUCAUCCACUAUACCUUAAAUUUGUGGGUUCAUCAUCAUUUCUGCCAGUGGCUCAAUAUUUAGAGAAAAUUAUGCUAGUUUCUCUUUUCAGGCUGAAGAAUUGUGAGCUGUAACCUUUGAAUGGGCUGAAUCCCAUACUCAAUGGUGUUUGUUUUAGGUAUAACCAAUCAACUAUAAUGCACUAUAUCCAUUUAAGCUGAGAUGUAUUAAAUGUUUGUUGUCUA